ACGUGAUCCAUGUAACCAAUCCGUGGAGACGCAGGCCAGCAAAAAUACUAUGAUUGUUCAUAGAGUGGAGCUUCCCCUAUCAGUGCAAGUCGUUUUGUUUUGAGUGCAGCGCGCAUCAAAACAAAAACAAACCAAAAAAUAAUGUCUGUCGCCAGCUGCUAUGCGGACGCGGUUCUGGGUCCGGACGCGGAGGACGUGUACGGCGCUCGCUUCAUGCAGCCUUCCCCGCACGCGACGGCCCCUAGCAGGCCGCCAGGCGCCGGCGACCACCACGCCGACUUUUCCUCUUGCAACUUCGCCCCCAAAUCCGCCGUCUUCUCCGCGUCGUGGCCGCCGGUCCACCCGCAGGGGAUCUACCACCACCACCACCACCACCCUUUCGCGCACCAAACGGACCCGAGAUGCGUCGGGGCGCGACCCUGGAUGGACCCGGUCCCCAACCACGUCCCUCGCUUCGCCGGAUUCCCUCCCGGCCGACGCGCGCCGUGCGCCCGGAAGCCGGAGCUUUCCCCGCCGAAGAUCAGCGACAACCAGCCGGGCCAGGAGGCUGGAACUCGGGCUAUCGCCGGGGACCUUCCCGAAGCUCCGGAAAGGGCGCAGGGUGGAAGCGAGCCUUCCAUCCCCAGCGAGCCCAAAGACGAGAAACAAGUUGACCCGAGCAACCCGGCGGCCAACUGGAUCCACGCGCGCUCCACUAGGAAGAAGCGCUGUCCCUACACCAAAUAUCAGACUCUGGAGCUGGAGAAGGAGUUCCUGUACAACAUGUACCUGAGCCGGGACCGCCGCUACGAGGUGGCCCGCAUACUCAGCCUGAGCGAGAGGCAAGUCAAGAUCUGGUUCCAGAACCGCAGGAUGAAAAUGAAGAAGAUGAACCGAGAGAGAGGCGGCAAGGAGCAAUUAUAGGAUUGCACUGAGGAAUGUCGUUGUUGGUUUUUUGGGGGGGUUUGUUUUUAAAGCACUAUUUCUUCUAUUUUAUGUUGAAGCACUCGAACAUCGAGAGACGGUGUGGCUCGCGUUACAAGUGAAGCCAUCAUUUUCCUCGCCUAUUUUUUUUUCUUUUUCUUUUGCAACUGGAUUCGGGUGACAAAACGGGAAGCGCGUGUUGUGUGCGUGUGCGUGUAUGUGUUGCUUAAAAUGGUUUUAUAAAAAAUAAUUUGCACGUA